UGGUUUGCGCGCCCAGAUCCACGCUGCCGCGGUCAACGCCGCCGGUUUGCCGAACGGUCAACGGAUGGUGCCACCGGCGGUUCCUGCGCACCCAUUGCAUCACCAGCGCGCAGCCGUCGUCGCCGCUUCUUCAUCGACCGGGAUGCACUACUGCUACUUCUGCUCCAAGUCCUUCGCCUCCGCCAGCAACCUGCGCACGCACAUGCUUUUACACAUGGGCAAGAAACCGCACAUCUGCCAGGUGUGCGGCAAGCAGUUCAGCGCCUCUUCGAACCUGAAGGCGCACGCGGUGGUGCACACGGGCGAGCGGCGUUUCCGGUGCGCCGAGUGCGGCAAGGCGUUCGCCACCUCGAGCCACCUGAAGACGCACACCAUCGUGCACAGCGGCCGGCGGCCCUACCAGUGCGAGAUCUGCCUGCGCGAGUUCUCCGUCUCGUCGAACCUGCGAUCGCACAUGUUCGUCCACACCGGCGAGAGACGACACGAGUGCCAGGUGUGCGGCAAGCAGUUCUCCUCGUCAAGCCACGUCAAGACGCACAUGCUCACGCACUCCGGCGAGCGUCCGCACAAGUGCGACAUGUGCCCAAAGUCCUUCGCCGUCGUCAGCAACCUGAAGGCGCACCGCAAGAUCCACCUGGGACAGAAGGACCACGCCUGCGACGUGUGCGGCAAGCUCUUCUACACGUCGAGCGACAUGAAGUCGCACCGCACGAUGCACACGGGCGAGCGGCCGCACCAGUGCGACGUGUGCCACGAGAGGUUCGGCAAGCGCUCCAACAUGAAGGCGCACAUGCUCACUCACACAGGAGAGCGACCCUUCCAGUGCGAGCGAUGCCCCAAGCGUUUCGCCAAGGCCUCCACUCUGCGGGCGCACGCCGCCAAGUGGCAUCCGCAGCCGGAGUCGGCCGAAGCCCUAGCGGCGACGCCGUCCGCUUCGACGUCGCAGGCAGAGACGUCGUCGAAAGAUGAAGUCAGCGCUGAACAGACGUCGUCAUCUUGCAGCGAACCGCCGCCGUCAACCGUUAAAAGCUUCCAUCACUACACUACGACCACGACCAAAUCUUCCGGUGCUACCAAAUCUCCACCGUGCAUAACUUCAGCCAUUGCUGCUACUGCUGAUGCUAGCCAUGAUGACGAUGCUGGUGACGGUGACGCACCUUCGACCGAGGAAGCAGGCACCCGUUCUGAGAACACGGCCCCAGAACCAUCACAUCCGAAAGCAAAUGGUUCCAGCGCUGACACCAAGGACUUGGCCGGUAAUCAUCGAAAAGGACUGCGCGGCCCGCAGGUCUGCGAUGCUGAGUCUGCGAACCGCCGUCAUACGGACACUGAGACCCCCGUUGCGGCCAACGGCUGCCGUACCACUGGCAGGAGUGGAAGUGCGGCGGUCGCUUCUUCGAAUCAGCAUCAAUCUUCGCCGCGGGCAGCCGGUCGGUUCAUCCUAGCCUCAGCGGGAAGCAACAGCGUCCGUACAAAGGAAGACGACGACGUGUCGUCGACAAAGGUUGCUGCAGUAAAGAAAGGCCAAGCUUUCGGGGCCGCAGCUCCGCUGUCCGUGCAGGCAGGUGCGAGCCCGGACGGACUCACGCUCGAAAGAGAGUCUCGCGGGGGUCUGAAGGCUUUUAUCGUCAAGAUCGAAAGCGCCGAUGCGGAGACUGUUCGCACGACCAGAUAAAAUAGACGACCGCGCGUUUUUGGCGGAGUCGAAAGCUCGUGCAA